UUGGCGUAACUAGGAAUGUCCCUGGAGUCGGGGGGUCUUCAGAGGAAUGUCAGCCGGUUGUGUGCGCGCGCCGGUGACCCGGUAGUGUAGUACACCGGGAACUCGGGAGCAUGGAGUGCACGAUUCCAGCUCAGUGCCAGCUGCUGUUCCGCGCCUGUGAGGACGGAGACCUGGAAGGUGCCCGCCGGCUGCUGGAGCCCGACACGGCCAGCCUCGGGAGCCGGGCGGGGGAGGCGGCGCCGGACUCUCCAGGUCAGAGCUCCGCGCUGGUUCCUGUGGACUCCACGGACGAGGACGGGAACACGGGGCUGCAGCUGGCGGCCGGGGGCGGCCACGAACCGCUGGUCCGGUUUCUGCUGAGGAAAGGGGCCUCUGUGGACAGCCGGAACCACUAUGGCUGGACGCCGCUCAUGCAGACUGCCAGGUCUGGACAUUUAGAUGUUGCAGUUAUACUGUUGGAGAACGGUGCCGAUGUCAAUGCCCAGAAUCGUCUAGGAGCCAGUGUCUUGACGGUGGCCUCAAGAGGAGGCCAUGCAAGCGUAGUCAAGCUGCUUCUUGAAAGUGGAGCUUUUGUGGACAAUUAUGAUCAUUUUGAUGUCAACAUAGUGAGUAGCAAAGGCCACAGAGAAGACAUGCCAGAGAUCACUGCCCUGAUGACAUCUGCCCUGCACGCUCAUGAGGCGGUGGUACGGUUACUAUUGGACUGGCGAGCUGACGUGAAUUAUCGUGUAAGGACAGGAUGGAAUCCAUUGAUGCUGGCAGCCCUUCAUGGACGUGUGAGCGUGGCCCAGCUGCUGGUAGAUAGAGGUGCUGAUCCGGAUCAAGUUAACGGUUUAGAUAAAACACCUUUUGAAAUCGCUCUGAGCUUCAAACACAAAGACAUGAAAGAUUACCUGGAUUCUAUAACCACAAUUCGACCUAAGACUGAUGAAGAAAAAAGGCGAACUGACGUUUUUCAUGCUGUGAAAAUGGGGAACCUGUCGCUGGUUAAAGAGAUUGUGGAUGAAGAUCCCAGUCAGGUCAAUGCUGUUAAUGUGGAUGGGGCAUCUCCACUAAUGAUGGCGGCCGUUACUGGCAAGCUGGAGCUAGUGCAACUCCUGGUUGACAAGAAUGCAGACAUAAACAAGCAGGACAGUGUCCAUGCCUGGACCGCUUUAAUGCAAGCCACCUACCAUGGAAACAAAGAAAUUGUGAUAUACCUGUUAAAUCAAGGAGCUGACGUGAACCUGCGUGCAAAAAACGGCUACACAGCAUUUGACUUGGUGAUGCUGCUAAAUGACCCAGACACAGAGCUGGUACGACUUCUAGCAACUGUCUGUCUGCAGGCCGACAAAGAGAGGGCAAAACAGAAGAAUAAAACACUGUUCCCCAGUUCCAAGAGCAAGCAGCCGUAUUCAAUCCCACUUCCACCAGAAGAUAGAGCUGGAUUAAAGUCAUGGUGGAACAGGAUGUCUAAUCGUUUCCGUAAGCUGAAGUUGACCCAGACACUGAGACAUGGGUUCUCCUCCAACCGUCUUGUGCCUUUGACUGAAAACGCUAGUGCAUCUCUUGACUCCGUGAUAAGAACUCCUUCCCAGACAGAUAUAAGCAAUCCUCGAAGACCAGAGUCGGCUUCAGCCUGGAUAUCUUCCUCCAAAGACAGUGGACUGGGUAGCACAAAAACUGAGCAUGAUGAUUUACUACUGACUACUAUGCUGAAGAAUUGUGCUCCUUUUGCUAAACUCCCCAAUGACAAACUGAAGGCUGUCAUACCUCCCUUCCUGCCUCCAUCAAACUUUGAACUGUGGAAUUCAGAUCGGUCUAGGAUCAGUAAGGAUGGGAAACUGGAGCAGACUCGAGCUUCGAUGGCAAGGCUCUCAAAACCCAGUUUUAACAGCAGCGGAAAUUCUGAUAUUACGUCAGUCAGCAGAGCUCCAAGAACAGUCAAAUUUCCUUCUUUGCCAAGAAGCCCUGCUUCACCUUCAAAUUCAGGCAAUUUUAACCAUUCACCACAUUCGUCUGGUGGAGCCAACAGUAUUACAGGUGGAAGUGCAGAUAAUGUCUUGUCUCAAAUAGCAGCCCAAAGGCGUAAAGCAGCUACUUUAUCAAAGCAGAAAGAAAUUGUGCCGCAGAAUCUGGUCAUCACAGUUCCUGAGCAGCCACAUGUCCUACCCACUAGCAACGGACAUUUACCAAAGCAGAAAAUUGAAAUUGUGAAACGACCCCCAUCUGGGACUUCCUCUACAUCUAAGAGCACAUCUCCUACACUGACCCCUUCACCAUCACCCACACCAAAAGGGCGUCUAGUUGAGUCAUCUCUAUCAUCUUCCUCCUCCCAUAAACAGUCAAAGAGCAGUGGAGGUUCUAGUAGUGGGACCAUCACUGAUGAAGAUGAGCUAUCUGCGAUCCUCAAGAAGUUAUCAUUGGAGAAGUACCAGCCCAUUUUUGAGGAGCAGGAGGUGGACAUGGAAGCUUUUCUCACACUGAAUGAUAGUGACCUGAAGGCUUUGGGCAUAACAACAGAUGGUUCCAGACAGCAGAUUUUAGCAGCAAUUUCUGAACUCAAUGCAGGAAAGGGCAGAGAAAGACAGAUUCUACAGGAAACCAUUCACAAUUUUCAUUCUUCAUUUGAGAGCAGCGCCAGUAAUACACGGCCAGCAGGAGCUCAUCAGUCUCCUUCUGCCUGUACAAAACCGAAAACCUUUGUGUCAAACAAAAGGUAGCAUUUCAAUAGCCUGGACAGCGCACAAACUUGGAAUCCAAGUGAAUUACACCACCGUUUUGUUGAAAAAGGUGCACACAGACAGUGAAGAUGGUUCUACUCAUCACUGUAUAGAAUGCAGGGCACCUCAUGGUACGAUGUGGUUGAGUGAAGAAACAAAGAGAAAAAUCCUUCUAGAAAAAGAAGCUUUAUUAAAGAAAAAGGUUUCAAGAUGUUAAAUAUUUCUUAUAAAUACCUAAUAUAUUCUAGAUCUUGACUGACUUG